GACUCAUCUUAACUUGAUCAUCCCGCAAUUAAGCAAGAGUAGCAUUUUCUCUGUAUUGUAAUAAGUUAAUUAGCUUCCAAAAAUGGCACGCUCAAACAUUUUUAAUCUCAUUGCUCUUGCUUUUAUUGGUGUUCUUCUCAUUGCUUCUCUCGUCUCAGCUUGCGAACUUGCUGAUAAUACCGUAGCUCAGGACAAUGCACAGGUUUCCGGGUAUGGGCACGGCCGAUAUGACCACGGACAUGGUGGAUAUGGGCAUGGGCACGGUGGAUAUAGAAAUGGGCAUGGUCACGGAGGCCGACACCGUGGAAGGCCUGGUCACGGUGGUCACCCUAAAACUGAAGUUGAAAAUUAAUGACAUGGAAUUGAUGUCUUGCAAAUCUAUCUAGCUACUUAAUUAAGCUUUUGAAUUCUCAGGAAUAAUGGUGUCUAGAAAUUAAUGUGUACCAUUAAUUUGGGUCUGCAGGUUUAUUUUGAUAAUAAGAAUAGUGUACUUGGGUUUGAAAAUAUCAGUUCGAUUUCUUUAUGAUCAUCUUAAUUUGUAA